AUGGCAAAGUCGUUCCUCGUGAUUAAUAGCUCCAUAAACAGUUCAUGGCUUCUCUUAGUAUCAUUCUUUCUCAUUGUGGCCACAUCUCUAAAACAAUCGGAAGCAGCCUCGUAUAAUGUGCUGAGCUACGGGGCGAAGGCGGACGGGAGGACUGACUCGACCAUGGCAUUCCAAAGAGUGUGGUCGUCAGCCUGUGGCUCGGCCGUGCCGGCCACGGUCUAUGUCCCGCAGGGAAACUUCGUGCUGAAGCCGGUGGUGUUCACUGGACCGUGCAAGAAUAGGAUCUUGUUUCUAAUCGCGGGGACUCUAAUAGCUCCGUCAAAUUACUGGAGUUUGGGGAAUUCGGGGUAUUGGAUAUUGUUCAAUAAGGUAACGAGGGUUACGGUUCAUGGAGGGACUCUCAAUGCACGAGGUUCUGGUUACUGGGCUUGCAAGAGUUCUGGCAAGAGUUGCCCCGUGGGAGCUAGGUCAAUAUCGUUGGAAGGGUCGAGCAAUGUCGUGAUCAGUGGCAUAACAUCCAUGAACAGCCAGAAUAUUCACAUGGCGAUUAACAACUGCAUGAAUGUGCUUAUCCAGAACGUGAGGAUAAAAGCACCGUCGCAAAGCCCCAAUACCGACGGCAUUCACAUCAGGUCUUCCACCGGAGUAACCAUUGCCUCCUCCUCCUUCAUGACCGGUGACGACUGCAUCUCCAUUGGUCCAGGCUCCAAGAAUGUCUGGAUCCAGCGUGUUGUGUGUGGUCCCGGGCACGGCAUCAGUGUUGGAAGCCUGGCAGGUAAUGCGAAUGAAGAAGGAGUUGAGAAUGUGACAGUAACAGGUGCAGUUUUCACAGGAACUCAGAAUGGAGUGAGGAUCAAAUCAUGGGGAAGGCCAAGCACUGGAUUUGCUAGAACCAUUUCUUUCAGGAACAUCAUCAUGAAAAAUGUGUUUAACCCCAUCAUCAUAGACCAAAAUUACUGUCCAAGCAACACAAAUUGCCCUAAUCAGAAUUCAGGUGUGAAGAUUAGCCGAGUUACAUACAGGAACAUCAAAGGAACCUCGGCCACACCAGUUGCUAUGAAUUUCAUCUGUAGCCCGACAAAUCCGUGCUCAGGCAUUGCAUUGCAGAAUAUAGAACUCAAGCACCUUACUGCACAAGCCACUUCUUACUGUAAGAAUGCUGGAGGCAGCAGCAGAGGAAUUGUUGUGCCGAGAAGUUGUUUCUGA